ACGUGAAGGAAUCCCACCGGGACGUCUCCCAGGAGCCUCCAGAUCCCCCGAGAGUGGAGCAUUGCCGCAGCAGUUAUGAAAACGCCGCUUGCCGAGCCCUCGCCGAGACCUCGCUGCUCAUUUGCCUGAGGUUCAGCUUUUCCCCAGAUGCAAAUGCCGUCAGCUCCGGUUCCACCAAGAGUGCUGCCGCUGAGAUGGAGGCCCCGCUCCCUGGUCUCUCCCUGCUUCUGGUCCUCCUGGCAGUGGGAUGGGGAAGCGGGGCGGUCGCAGCCUGGGCAAGAUCUCCCGGCGGCUGCAAGCUCGUGCAGAGCACCGCGGACUGCACUGGGAGAUGGCUGAGCUCCGUCCCAGGAAAUCUUCGCGGUGAUACGGAGGAGCUGUUGCUUGAUGAGAACACUAUCCAGGUCCUGGGCAAUGCCUCUCUGCUCUCGUACCACCAGCUGCGGCAUCUCAGCUUGACCAAGAACCGGCUGGAGCUCAUCAAACCCGGCGCCUUUCUCAGCAGCCAAGGCCUCCACGUGCUCUCCUUGGCAGACAACCUCCUCUUCACCAACUACUCGCUGACAGCAGCUGCUCUUUCUGCUCUGCCAGCCUUGAGGAUGCUGGAUCUAGCUGGAAACCGCCUCACUGAGGACAUGGUAUCGGUUUUGGUCUGGAAUCUGUCUUCCUUGGAGUCCUUGUCCGUGGCCAGGAACAUCAUCAUGAGGCUGGACUCGUCCGUCUUCACGAACCUGACACAGCUGUUGGAGCUGAACCUGGAGAAGAACUACAUCUUUGAGAUUGACCAAGCUUUCGAAGGGCUGCGGAGGCUGCAGAGGCUCAACGUAGCUUACAACUACCUCCCGUGCGUAGUGGAGUUCAGCCUGACCCAGCUCAGGGUGCUCAACGUCAGCAACAACGUCAUUGAGUGGUUUCUGGCCCUGGAAAGCGAUGACCUCUUUGAGCUGGAGGUGCUGGACCUGUCUCACAACCGCCUCCUCUUCUUCCCCGUGUUGCCCCGGCAGAGCAAGCUGCACUCCUUGCUGCUGAAGGACAACGAGAUGAGCUUCUACCAGCGCCUCCCCAACGGCACGUCCCUGGCAGACGUCACGGUGCAGUUCCUGCUCAUUGACGGCAACUCCACCAACGUCACGACGGUCAGCCUCUGGGAUGAGAUCUGCCACAGCAACCUCUCUUCCCUGCGCCUCCUGGACAUGAGCCAGAACCAGGUCUGGUACCUGCCGGAGGGCUUCCUGGCCCAGAUGCCCUCCUUGACCCACCUGAAACUCAACCAGAACUGCCUGGAGACGUUUCACCUGGCGGAGGGGGACUCCUUAGCCAUGCUGACGGAGCUGGACCUCAGCCAGAACCAGCUGGAGGAGCUGGGGGCUGGGGACGUCCUGCCCAACCUGCAGCUCUUCAACCUCAGCACCAACAGGCUGCAGGCGCUUCCUCCUGGCGUUUUCACCUACACCAGGAAGAUCACUACCGUGGACCUCAGCCGCAACCGGGUUGACCUCUGUCCCCAGCCGGCCGUUGCAGGUGAGGCGGAGAGUCCCCCUUGCGUGGACAUCAGGGGUGUCGAGACCUUGACUCGUCUCUCCUUGGCCGGCUGUGGUCUGCGAGGACUGGGCGGCCACCCCUUCCAGGGGACAUCGCUGAUGCAUUUGGACCUCUCCGACAACCAUCAGGCACUGUCCGGGGACCUGGAGUGGCUGCAGGACCUUGCUCUGACGCUGCAGGUGUUGUCUCUGAGGAACACCAGCCUCUCCUCCACCGCCGUGGACUUCUCCGCCCUUAACAGCCUCGUGCGCUUGGACCUGUCGGGGAACGCCUUGACCGUCUUCCCCGCCUCGCUGGGCGUCCUGAAACUGCGCAGCCUGGACCUGCGGGACAACUGCCUGCCGGCUCUGCCGCCGGACGUCGCGCGGACGCCGUUGGGGAAGAGCCUGCGGGAGGUCUACCUCAGCCGAAACCCCUACAACUGCUGCACGCUGGGCUGGUGGGACUCCCUGCAGCGGGUCGAGGGGUUGCACGUCCCCGACGGGCAGGAGGUGACCUGCAGCUAUGCUUCCCGCACGUUGAGCCCCGGGGCGCUGCCCGAGCCCGUCCUGUGGAGCUGCCGCUGGCGGACGGCCGACCUGGCGCUCCUCUACCUGGUGCUGGCUCUGCCCACCUGCCUGACGCUCCUGGUGGCCUUCGCCGUCGUCUUCCUCACGCUCAAGCAAAAGUUGCUGAAAAUGGUGAAAAGCCGGUGCGGGGUGUCCAGCCCUUACUGAUGGCUGAGGAGGAGGAAGGGCUCGGGAACGGUGACCGCGAGCGGGUUGUCAGGAUUACAGGCGAUAACCCCUCCGAGGUGGGUGAGAUGGAGACUUGAUGGAUGGAGGAUCAGGGGGUCCUGGGAGGAGAGCUGCUCUUCCUGCUACGGAUGCCGUAAGGGUACCCAAAGGGUGCGGGGCCGUGUCCGGUGAUGGAGCCUGGGGCCGUGCUGGGCAUCCUCAUGGGACACGUCUUCAGCAGAAACCUUCAGCUGAUGUUGGCGAGAGCUGAGCGGACGCGACACCAAACACCUCUUGGCCGAAGGGGCACAGACAGUUUCCCCCCCGCGCUGGUUUUUUCCCCCCUUUCAGGCAGUUCCUUUUAUUUAUUCACCCCCGUAGCCAACUCUCCGCUGCAAAACAUCCUCCAGGUCUGCAACCAGCCUCCACGAAUCGCCCCGGGCUGGAGCAAGCAUCACCCGGGCGCUGCGGAGAAGGGUCUCCGUGGCCACAGCUUCCCACGCCGUUCUUGCCGGCACCGGCAAACUCGCAGGCAGCCCUGGGUGCGCACCCGUGUGCGUCUGCUGAUAAGACAGGCGUUGUCAGCAGGGUUGAAAGACACGUUUUGGGGUGUUGUUGCUUGGUUAAGUCACGAUCCCGGUUAGAAACGCCCGUUAAAAAUAGCCCAGGCUGCAACGAUGUAAAAUAUUGAUUGAAAGACAGGAGAAUAAAU